CUGAUGCGCUGCCGCACGCUCUUGUUUCUUACUUGUCAAACAUACCUUUAUUUCACAACAACUACACACGCCUAACGCUUGCGGGCGCUGAACUGGCACGAUGUCCCUAAACAACAACAACUCCACGAAGAUGGUGACGAACUACGUGUUUGACAAGCUUUAUGGCACAAAACAGUUCACGCAAGGAGCGGAGCUCCAGCUCCCACGGAAGGUGCCGAUGCGAGUGGAGCCUAAGUCAUAUUUCGCCAACGAGCGCACCUUUCUGAGCUGGAUGGGCAUGGCCAUCACGUUGGGUGGCGUCUCCUCGGCGCUGGUGGGCUUCUCGGGAGACUCCGAGGACACUACGGAGCACCUCAUCUCAAAGCGUACAAUUGAUGUCAUCACUUGCAUCUACUCACCGCUGUCCAUCCUCAUCAUGGGCUACGCUCUGUUCACCUACGAGUGGCGGAGCAAGUUCAUGCGGACAAAGCAGAUUGGCUUCUUCGAUGACAAGGUGGGCCCCAUCACGGUGGCGGUGCUGGUGCUGCUGACGCUGCUCUCCAUCUUCACCAUCGCCGUCAUUGACUACCUUUUCUAAGCAUGCAGCGAUGCUCCGUGCCGGGCACUGGGAUGGAGAACGAGGGGCACGACGGCGUGUCAGGGAUGUUGGGGACACAGCUCGGGUCGGCAUCAGCACGGCCGGGUGCCGGGCCAGGUGCGACGACGGGGAGGAUGGAUGGGUGCACCGCAAGCGCUGUAAGAGCUGGUAUAUAUUCUGAUAGCUGGUGUGCCUACACGUACUCUGGUAGCUGGUGUGCCUACACGGCAGCACCGUCUGGCUGCUGGCGCGGGGCCGCAUCAGGACAUCACCAGCAAAUGCUGCCUGGAAGUUGAAAGCGGGCUUGAAUGUCACAAGCGGGUCCACCUGCCAUCCAGUACCGGGGAUUGACGGAGACGGGGAAGACAGCCUGUUACGCACACCAUGGUUGUCAUUUGUAGCACAAGCAGGUGCCGGGGAAUGUCGGGCUGGUGUUUGACGUGUGGGAACACUGCGAGUGACGGGGAGCAGACAGGCAAGAUGGACCUCUUCCACCUUUGACCAUUUGCAGGGACAUCCACAGCAUAAGACGAACAAAUAGCGCCGCUACUGAAGGAAUGAGGCGGAAGUGUAGUGUCCUUUGUUUAGGAGGCCCAUGGUUGGGGCGUUGGUAGGAAUGGGGUACCGUAUUGCACGGGAUGUGACGAUGCGCCUCCGCGUCUUACGCAGGUCUGUGAUAUGCUAGGUGCAGUGCGUGAGAGGCGGUACUGAAUGGGUGCUGCGCGCUUAUUCGACGCCGUGUGUGCGCUGCGCUUACCCCCGCGGACACCCAUUGCAAAGGCGCAGCUGCUCAAAGGGGGCUUGAAUGGGAUCCUGCGACUCAGAGGAUUUAACUUAGCCCA